CAGGCUGGAUGGAAAUGUCGCGAAAAGAUGACGCGUACCUUCGAACGACGCGUGUUUGUGGAACGAUGUGACAGACCAAAGGCAGUGUCCUUCCUUUCAUUCCAAGUCGGAACGGGGGCAUAUGGCGGCACAUUUGAAGAAGCAGCUAAAAGAGGCAGUGAAAAUCAUCGGCUCAGGUAGCCUCCUCUUUGCCUCCUACCUCACAGUGGUGGGAGAUGAGUGUUUCUAUGCCCACCAGUUGAUGCCCCUGCUACAAAGGGUAGUGGGGGCAGAGACGGCCCAUGUGCUUGCGGUUAAAAUGAUUAGUCUGGGUUUGGUUCCUCUCAACCGCUAUCAGGACCCACAGUCACUGGAAGUUAACGUCCUUGGCUUAAAGUUCAAAAACCCUGUUGGGAUCGCGGCGGGCUUCGAUAAGCACGGAGAAGCAGUGGAUGGUUUGUACAAGAUAGGCUUUGGCUUUGUCGAAGUUGGGACCAUCACUCCCAAACCGCAAGAAGGCAACCCCAAACCACGUGUGUUCCGACUAGCAGCAGACCAUGCCAUCAUCAACAGAUAUGGUUUCAACAGCUGUGGUGUUCUAGAAGCACAGCAGAGGUUGAAGGUCCGGAAGGCAGCUCAACAGGAGCAAACUAGAGCCGGCCUUCCCCUGGGCAUCAACCUGGGGAAGAACAAGCAGUCCCAGGAUGCAAGGGCAGAUUACUUGGAGGGGAUGAGAGUGCUGGGCCCACUGGCUGACUACCUUGUGGUAAAUGUCAGCAGUCCCAAUACGCCAGGUCUCCGCGACCUACAAGGCAAAGCUGAGCUCCGCCGGCUGCUCCAUACGGUGUUGAAGGAGCGGGAUGAGAUGCAUGAGGGACACAAGCCUCCAGUCCUGGUCAAGAUCGCACCUGACCUCAGUGCACAGGACAAGCAGGACAUUGCUGACGUCGUUACUGAGCUUGGAGUGGAUGGCUUAAUGGUGUCCAACACCACUGUGUCCCGGCCAGAGAUGCUACAAGAUCCUCAACGGUGUGAGACUGGUGGGCUGAGUGGGCAGCCUCUCAAAGACAUGUCCACAAACACAGUCCGAGAAAUGUACAGCCUCACUAAAGGGAAAGUGACAAUCAUUGGAAUCGGCGGUGUGGCCAGCGGACGGGACGCGAUGGAUAAAAUCCGUGCUGGUGCAUCAUUGGUUCAGCUUUACACAGCUUUGGCCUACCAGGGUCCUCCUGUAGUGACCAAGAUAAAGCGGGAAUUGGAACACCUUCUGAAUGAACAAGGAUUUAGCACUGUUUCUGAGGCCAUUGGGGCUGACCAUAGGGGAUUAGGUGGCUCGACUCACUAGUGACGCCCGGCAAGGAUCGCAAACACAAGAUGAUAUCGCCGCCUCCUCUGCAGCAGUUAUUCCUCCAGCUGGGCAGAAGUUCAUCUUUUUGUUACAGUGUAAUAGCAAUUAGCAGAGUGCUUCAACUCUUCACCCACCCUCCUUGUUUUUUACAAAUGAAUGAAUGCUCUUGUUGUAAAUACAUAAUAUAACAUUCUGCCUUCUUGGUAUCUUGGAGACAUCCAUCCAUUUUCUGUACCCUUGUUCAGGGUCACAGGGAAGCUGUAGCCAAUCCCAGGUGACCUUGUAUUAGAGGCGCAAUACACCCCAACCUGAUCACCUCUCAAUCACAGUGGAGACAACACAACCACUCACACUCAUGUUUUUCGACUGUGGGAGGAAGCUAGACAAGCAGAGGGGGAACAUACAAACUCAAUACAUGCAGUAACGGCUUGAGCUGCACGUCAAACCUGGAGCCUUCUUGUUGUGAGGCAGCAGUACUAACGAAUGUUCUGCUGUUCUGUUCAUGUGGACACAGCAUUGAUAUAUAUAUAUACGCUACAUAUUUUGUUUUCUAGAUUAAUUAUAAUUGUUAAAUUGUACACAGAAAAGCAGUACGUGUCAUUUAUGAAAAGUAAAUUUGAGCUGCUGUUUCUUGUCCCCUAAUUACAGUAAUGGGAUACAUAGCCUAAUUUGUAUUGCAGAAAUGGAAAUGAGAGUUGCAAAUGCAGUAUACCGGUAAUACAUACAUGGUUUCCUUUUAAACAGUUCGAAUUACACAGUCAUAAAUUGAAGUUAGAAUUUUUAGUUAAAAUGCCAGAUUGAUAAAUUAUAUUGUGACAUACAAAUUUACUGGAAGAGUGUAAGGAUACCAUUAGUGCUGAGUUAAAACUGGAAUGCAUUAUUUUAUAUCUGAAUACGUUUGAAUUUUAAUCAUUUAACAGAAUUGAGACUAAAUUACAUGGUUAGUAGUGAUCGGCAUGUAUUAUUAACUUAAUCACACAUACAGACUUCCCACUCAAAGUUAAUGAAGAGGUUAUUAUCCCACAUGUGCCAGGAGGCAGCGCUUGUCUGCUCCUGCAAUGCAAAUUGUACUCAAAGAUGGAAUUUGAUAUUCAGGAUGUAUUGGGUGUAAACAUGAUAAAGGGAUAGCUCCCAUUGUCUAAUCUGACAGUCACCAUCACAUAUUCAUUGUUUUUCCUAUUCUGCCUUUCCAUUUGAGGGAAAAUUGUUUUGGCAUUAUUUAAAGGAAUAGCACUGGCAAGCAGUAGGUUAGACAAAGACAGUCAGAAUAUACAUUCUGCUCCCUGGGUUCCAUGAGACACUGUUCUCAUGUUGAAUUUUGUAAGUUCCCAAUAUGAUGACAUUUACUGAUUUAUUUCGAACUUGGUUUGCUCUGACAAACCAAUCAAAGGAAGGAAAUAUGAUGACAUUGUGGGCUAGCUGGCCCUCUGAGGUGAGUUUGAAAUUUGAUUGGUUAAAUCGAAACACAGUCUAAAUGGGUCUAAACAGUCUAAAUUACAUCGACCACUCCGACUAAUUUUGAAAGCCUGGAAAGAUUAGCUUGUCAUAGCAGCUCUGAUUGGACCUAAUCUUACAUCAACAUGUACCAGAAGCAAUGCAGCCAAGAGAAGUGAAGAGAAUAGACUGUUGGGAAUAAAUUGAUACAAUUUCACGGACCCAAUAUUAGAAUGCAGGUGAAAUGGAAGUCACUGCUUCUGAUUGAGUGUAGGCCAGCAGAGAAGGCCAUAUCGCCCUGACUGCUCACCACCCAUAUUUUUUGUCAAUCCACUGCUUGCCAGCACUGUUGAUACAAAGAUGCUACAAUAUAACAGUUAUACGUAAAAGGAACUGAUGGUAUAUAGGACAGGCAGAAGAAUAAGAAAAAAACAAUUGAGGUGUGAUGGUGACGACACUCGGAAAAUGACUUGAAUUGGUUGUGUACAAAUAGUUGGGUCAAUAGUUAUUGCCAUGGCUUGUCUGCGAGGCUGGGCAAAGACUGAAACGCCAUGUUAAAACUGAAAGCAAAGCGGAACUGCAGCGUUUUCUUUUGACGAUGUGUCCUCUGCAUGCAGAUACUGUAACUUGUUGUCUUGUUGAUUAAAUGCUGCAUCUGUGAGUAAAAA